UCAGCGUCAAUCGUAAAGUUGUCGCCGAAAUUAUGUUUUAUUUUGUUGACUGAAUUUAUUUUCAAUAUUAUUGUUUAAACAUAAUAAAUAAUGGUGGUAAACGCUCCAGACUCGCCUGUGCAGGCUGAAGUGAUAUUUGUUAUUGAAGCUACAGCCGCCAAUGGGGCUUAUAUCAGUGAACUGAAAACAAACUAUAUUGUACCUACUUUAGAAUACUUUCAUGGAGGAUCAAUAGAGGAAGGUGCUGGCAGUGGCUCUGUGUACAGUAUAGUGACAUACAAGGCUGCUGACUGCCACCCCGGGCUUCCAGUCGCCACCUUCGGGCCCUUCACAUGCCCACAGAAUGUUGUGGAAACUGUUGAUAAAAUACAAUACAUAGGUGGUCAUGCAGAAAGCCGGGCUUGUGUGACUGAAGCUUUGUCUGCAGCACUAGCCUGCUUUGAGGAGUUGGGCCGGAAUGACAUACCCAUACAUGUGCUUCUGCUAUGCUGCUCCCCACCUUACUCAGCAUACGCAGGUGGACUGGUGCCACCAGGCGCGGCGGGCACGCUGGAGCAGGCGGCGCGCGCGCUGGCGGAGCGCGGCGCGCACGUGUCGGUGGCGGCGGCGCGCCGCGUGCCCGCGCUGCACGCGCUGUACGAGCACGCGGGCGGCGAGCUGCACGCCGCGCAGCAGAGGAACUACGCCAAGGACCCCCGUCACCUAGUAUUACUGCGGGGCUACAGUCUAAAGGAGAGGCCGCCAAGCCCCGCGCCGCCGCCCGUGCCCGACAUACAGGCUGAUGUCUAUGGCCAGGGCCGCGGCGCCGCGGUCCCUGCCCGGCCGGGCGCGGCCGUGUUCCCGCGCGCGGGCCCCGCGCCCCCCGCGCCCGUGGGGGCGGGGCCCGGCGGACAAGCAGUGCCUGGCCUCACGAUAGUUACUAUCAAAAUAUAUAAGAUGUUGUUGGUUGUAGGCGCGGCGGGAGUAGGUCGCGGGGCGGGCAACUGGCUGGCGCCCCCGCGGGCCCCGCUCUACAACAACUCCGCUCUGCUCACGCAGCUCGCGCAGCCCUCGUACCCGCCGCCGCCGCCCGCACACGCCGCACAGACUGGUCACCAACGCAUGCCCACGAUGGUGACCCCCGGGCCGUCGGGCGCGCAGCUGCAGCGCUCCUACAUCUGGAGCGGAGUCAUCGAGUGGAUGGAGAAGGGCAAAGCGCCCGGCGACCAGCAGAAAACCACCAAGCAUUUACCUUGCCAGGUAUCAGCGAGUACAAAAGACAUAGAGCCUGAAUUGAAAGUGGACACAUGGCCGAACAAGCUCCUGAUGCAGUUGAUGCCGAAGCAGCUGAUCAGCAACAUCGGAGGACAGUACCUCAAGGACAGCAAGUCCGUUCUGUUCCACCUGCAGCCCAGCGAGGCCCUGGACGCCUUAACCAAAGUCAUGGUCAAUGGAUUUGCCGGCUGCGUCCACUUCUCUCCGAUGCCGACGCCCCCGCAGUGUGACAUCAAGGUCCUGAUCCUGCUGUACACGCCGGACAAGAAAGCUUACCUCGGGUUCAUACCCAACAACCAGGCGACCUUCGUGGAUCGACUUAGGAAGGUGAUACAACAGCAGAAGAUCAGUCAGAUCAUCAGCAAGCAGCAGAUGCCGGCGACAGUGAGCGCGGCGGGCGGCAUGCAGCCCAACAUGCCUAAUGCUACCAUGGCUGGCUCGGGCGCGAUGCCCCCCGCGGGCAUGUCGUCGGGCGCGCUGGGCGGCGCCAUGGCGGGGGCCAUGCAGCCCGGGCCCGGCAGCGUGGGCAACGUGGGCAACGUGGGCGGCGUGGGCAACAUGCCCGGCCCCGGGCCCAGCCAGGGCAUGGUGCAGUCGCAGAUGCAGCAACAUCCACAGGGCAUGAUGAUCGGCGGCGGCAUAAGCCAGCAAGUCCAACAACAGCAGCUGGGCGGCAAGGGUCCCCGCCCAGUCACCCAGCUGGACGGGUUGGAGGCAGCUCGCCAGCAGAACCUGGAGAAGAUCCAGCAUCUUCAGCAGACUCUAGAGGCUGCCCACCAGCAAGAGGCGCAGUUCAAGUCCCAAAUGGACAUCAUGUCGCACCUGCACGCCGCGCAGCAGCAAGAACAGCAUUAUAAACAGCUGGAGGAGCAGCAGCGUAAACACCAGCUCCAACAACAGCUGCAGCAGCAACUCCGCGGGGCCGGCGGGGCUGGACAUCCAGCUCGCAUCAUGAGGCCGCUGCUGCCUUCCAACCCUGGGCUCAGGCAUCUCCUGCAGCAGCAGCCGCAGUACAGGCCCGGGGGCGGCGCCCCGCGGCCCGCGUCCCAGCCACAGCAGUUCGACGACGUCAACAACUACACUGACUUUAUCUAGAGCUUGCCUCACGUGUGGGCGCACUUCGAUGAGGACUGACGCGUCAGUAUGCUGAAAUGACACUUUCAAGUCGCUAGUUUUGCAACUUUAAGGUGAAAAUGAUGUACGAGUUAAAAUUAACUUGGAUUAUUGGUAGAGCUUGUGAUGUCAUGGUUUAAAAUAAGUGUAAAUAAUGAUUUGGGUUUUAUAAUCUGGUUUGUGCUGUCUAUUGCAAAGGCUAUUUCAGCGCGUGUACCAAAAGUGACAAUAGAGAAUACAACCAGUUUCACCACCAGAGGAUAGCAACACUUUUUAUUCAAAGUUAAAAAUCACCAAAUCUUCAUAACAUUACUUAUUUUCACUCACGACAUUACAAGAAAGGUCAGUAUCUAUACGAUUCAAGUAUUAAAUUAACUCAAAGAAAGCGCGACUCAAAAUAAAGUGUUUAGUGAAUGCACCCACACAUUGUAUUGGGAUAAAUUAUCUCAAUGGACGUUUAAAUUUGUUACAAAUAUACCGAUUUUGUACACCGUACCUCCUCAUACAAGUUAGGCUAGUGAAUCAGACUUGAAAUCAGAACUUCCAUGAAAUUUUGUCCUCCCACGAUUGUAACGGCGAUACGUCAAUUUUAAACUUCACAAGUAUCAAAAUUUGAAAUGAAACUACUUUUAAGGAUUUUAGCGCGGUUUAAUUUUAGAUUUUAGUUCUCGACGUUUCGCCACCGUUGCAGGUAUCAUGGCCACGGGCAGACUUGUAAUAUUAAAUUAAUCAAUUAUGUGCAGUAUAGUACCAAGUUACCUACAUAAAACUGUUUUGCAUACUAUUAUAUUAUUUACUCGCAAUUAAAUAUCUUAUAACUUGAAAUAUUAACAGUUUGUGACGUAAUUCUCCGCUUAGCGAGCUAUGCUUGGACUUACUUUGAAGAUAUAGCUUGUACAGUUAACUGACAGUGAGCUGGCCAUGUUGAAGGACUGUUGGAGCUGACGAAGGCUUCAGUCGAGACCAAUAGGCAAAUGUAGGACGCCCUCUAGCCAGAUGGACCGAUGACCUAAAAUAGGUAGCUAGCUCAGACUGGAUGCGCAAGGCGGACCACGGAGUGUCCGAGGCCAAUGUCCAGCCAUGGGAAAUAGAAGGAUAGAAUGAAUUGAUUGAUUGACACAUUCUCAUUAGUGAAAUCAAAGCAACUGAGCACAAGAAACACUAUUACAUAGAUCCUUUUUUGGGAUGAUCUGGAGUGAUAAGUGAUCAUUAAAAAUGUGUGUUUAUUACGUAGUUUGGUUCUCUUGGCAGUUGAAUUGAGUAUCGCCGUUACAGUUACCUGCUUACCAUGAAUUCUAAAGCAAGACUUGCUGUUGGAGAAGCGAGAUAGCAUACUACUAGCGUUCUCGCUUGCACAGCAGUAGUUCUACUAUAAAAGCUCAUAUUAUGAAUAAAGUAUUCCAUUUCUGUUUCUUCCCAAUUGCAAAUAAUAUUGUAGACUGAAUGUUUGUGUUAAUUAAGUCCUUGUUGUGCUGAAUCGUUUUGUACAAUAGUGUUUGUAUAUUAUAGUAUAAGGAAUAAAUGUUUUAUACAUACUA